AUGGAUGUACUUGGAAUUAGUGUUGCUCUCACUACUUUCUGUGCCACUUUCCAUCACUGGCGAGUGGACAACAGGAAGUGUGGCCUGUCUUUCCAAAGCCCCGCUGACGCCCGAGCGUUCGAUCGCGGCGUGAGGAAGGCCAUCGAGGACCUCACAGAGGGCUCCACCACUUCUUCCUCCACGCUGCAGAAUGAAGCCGAACUGGGUGAUGAUGAUGUUUUCACGAAUGCCACAGACAGCUCGUCUAACUCUUCUCAGAAGAGAGAGCCGUCCAUGCAGACGCUCGCACCAAUCAGCUUCUCCGAGCCCCACCAUUGCAUUCUGGGACAUCUCUACGACCAACACAGACACUCUGACCGUUUCUACCUGGAACAGACGGUGCCCAUGUUCCCGUGUUCCCGUCAUGUAAGGUUUCAUGAGGAGGAAGAGGAGGAGAUCGUACGGAUUAACCCACGCGAGCGCUCUUGGUUAACGGGCUACGAGGACUAUCGCCACGCCACCACAGCGACACGGGCCAAACCUCUGCGGCCAGACGCCACGGACGCUUACGUUCCCCUCGCUAAGAGCGAACCUCCCAAACACGACUACACUUACUCGUACCCACUCAGUGGGGACGGACACACGCCCCGCAAUGGCAAAACGGGCAUCGGCGGCGGCGUGGUCACCGGUCAGCCGCGGGCGCUGACUGCCAAAUGGCUGCCGCGACGCGUGGAGGACAGCAGAGAGCGCUUACGGUGCGUGUACUGUCAAAACAUGUUCAGUCCGGCCGAAAAUGGACGUGGGCGCUGCCAGGAAGCUCCAGACCCCGUGCAGACGUGCAUUCGCCGGGUGAGCUUCAUGUGGUGCGCGGACAGCCUGCUCUACCAUUGCAUGUCGGACCCUGAGGGCGACUAUUCGGACCCCUGCUCCUGCGACGCCAGCGAAGAGCGCUUCUGCCUGCGCUGGCUAGCUCUCCUGGGACUGUCGCUGCUAGCGCCCUGCAUGUGCUGCUACGCGCCGCUGCGAGCGUGUUACCACUGCGGCGUCGCGUGCCACUGCUGCGGUGGCAAGCACAAGGCCGCGGGGUGAGCGGGAAAAACGCGAGCACACCUGCAGCUGGGAAAAACAACAACUGAAAAGUGGAAGAACGCACUUACGGCUGCAUUUGUGUUUCGCUUUGUUGUUUUCUUUUCUCCUUCCCGCUGAAUUUCAGAGGGUUGGUCCAUUUUUGUUUCGUUUUCUCAAUUUAAUUGUACUGGACAGCUGUCCUGGUUUGUAUUUUUCUUUGUUUUUAAAAGAGUAACCCUCGGCUUCCAUUUAAAAGACUACACGAUAAAUAUUCAUUUAUAUAUGAAAAGUAUAUAUAAAUAUAUGUAGAUAUAAAUAUAUAAAUCCAGGUACUUUAUAUUUUUAUGCUCAUGUGCUUUGAAGGUUUGAGUUGUUAUCUUCCUUCCGUCUCGUCUGUGUUUUAAUAUGUUCGUUUGAUUUGAUUUUACUUUCGUUAUGUCUCUCCAGUCAGAGGCGUCUCUUCUACUGUGAUCCACUCCGUCUAGAUAAGACAAACCCAGAGGAAUCCAAAAUAGCUGACCUGUAGGUUGGUAGAUCGUGUGUGUGUGUGUGUGUGUGUGUGUGAGGUCAGAACGGAUGUGGGAAAUGUCAUUUUGCCAAAUUGCCAAUAUUAAGUCACUGUGUGGAAGAUGGCAAACACAUUGCUGGCCAAAUGUAAAGUAGGUGUGUGGGUGAAUCUCAUGUGCAGGUCAUAUUUUACCCUAAAAUCAAAAGAAAAUGGGCUUUAUUUAGCCCAGGGCUGCCCAA